ACCGUAGCAUAUUCCUUCCUCUUCCCCUGCAUUGAACACAAACUCAGAGACCUUCCUCAAUCUCAUGGCCGAGAAAUAUACAGACAACGACGAAACGCACCGUUUAGAAGACUUUGAAGAAGAUGAUGACGAAGAGCUUCAAGAUUGGGACGAUUGGAAAGCGGAAGCAGAAGAAGGCUCCGAAGAAGCUUUUCUCUGCCUCUUCUGUGAUUCCAGCUACGGUUCGAGCGAUGCUUUGUUCGAUCACUGCACUUCGAACCACCACUUCGAUUUUCGACUCGUUAGGGAAUCGCUCGGUUUGGAUUUCUACGGUUGCUUCAAGCUCAUUAACUAUGUUCGCUCUCAGGUUGCGCAAAACAUAUGUUGGAGUUGCGGGCUGACAUGUCAGUCAAAUAAAGAUCUUCAGAGGCACUUACAUGAAACAGAGAGCCUCAAGUAUAUUCAAUCCCGUUGGGACAGCGAUGUAUAUCUAAAACCUUUCAUGCAAGAUGAUUCACUCUUGUACAGCUUUGGUGAUGAUGACGAAGCUCAAGAUGACUACACUACUGCAGCUGAGAAGGAGGAACUGAUGGAUGAUCUGAGAAAGUUUGAAGAGAUAAACAUUGGUAGUGACAUCCACGGGGAACAGUUCGCUGUUAAUUGUAAUAGCUCUGGUUGGAGCACAAGUAAAGAUUUUGCAGCUGCAUCCAAUGACCAUUUGAACAUUGGCAGUUCUUCAGGAAAGAGCACUGUCAAUGAAAUGAGUUCGUCAAAACAUAGCGGCUCAUUUGACAGGGUGACUAAUGAUAAGCAGUUGAGAACCUAUAUUCCAAAAGUUGUUGCCAAGGAUAUCAAGAUUGUCAAUGAGGAUUAUUUUGGGUCCUAUAGUUCAUUUGGUAUCCACAGAGAGAUGCUCAGUGAUAAGGUAAGAAUGGAUGCUUAUGGGAAAGCUAUUUUGAAAAAUCCUUCUCUCUUGAAGAGUGCGGUUGUAAUGGAUGUAGGUUGUGGAACUGGGAUACUAAGUUUCUUUGCAGCUCGAGCUGGGGCAUCAAGGGUUAUUUCAGUAGAAGCUAGUGAGAAGAUGGCUGCAGUAGCUACUCAAUUAGCCAAAGAUAAUGGUCUUUUGCGGAGUAAAGGUCCAACAGAUGGGACUAGCCCUUGCACUGAAGUAGUAGAAAUAGUUCAAUCGAUGGUUGAGGAGCUUGAUAAACGUAUAGAUAUUCAACCUCAUAGCGUGGAUGUAUUAAUCAGCGAAUGGAUGGGUUAUUGCCUACUCUAUGAGUCAAUGCUUGGCUCAGUGCUUUUUGCACGAGAUCAAUGGUUGAAACCUGGUGGUGCAAUCCUACCUGACACAGCAACUAUUUUUGUUGCUGGAUUUGGAAAAGGUGGUACAAGUCUUCCAUUUUGGGAAAAUGUGUAUGGUUUCAACAUGUCAAGUGUUGGAAAGGAACUUGUUGAAGAUGCAGCUAGAAUUCCUAUUGUGGACGUUGUGGAUGAUCAUGAUUUAGUGACCAGCGCUGCUGUUCUCCAGACCUUCGACUUAGUGACUAUGACACCAGAUGAGAUGGAUUUUACUGCAACUGUUGAGUUGGAACCAAAGUUUUGCAGUGUGGCGGGCAACUCAAAUGAUUUGGUAUCCAAGACAACCCAGUGUUACGGAGUUGUCUUGUGGUUUGACACUGGUUUUACGACCAGGUUCUGCAAAGAAAUGCCAGCUAAUUUAUCCACGUCCCCAGCCACCCCAAAAACACACUGGUCGCAGACAAUCUUAACAUUCCGGGAGCCGAUUGUGAUUGCAUCAGAAAAGUUUAGCAGGGACAGAUCCACAGCAAUUGGUACCGAUGCCUAUCCUGCUACAAGAAUCCAUUUGCGCAUAAGCAUUGUCCGAGCUUCUCAACAUCGCAGCAUAGACAUUUCCCUUGAAACUGCUGGAGUUGGCCCUGAUGGUCGAAAACGUAGCUGGCCAGUGCAGCUUUUUAAUCUCCGUUAGUCCCAUUGUUUCAAAACCAGUCAUACUGGCAAUUUUCCAUGUUGGGCUGGUAUUGACUUAGUUUCUUAAUAUUUGUGCUUUAUUAUUAAUUUGGAUUUUGAAAAAAUUUCUUAAGCUGUAUCCAAAAGAUUGUACAUAUGUUAUGAUUAAUGUUUAAAUUAUUCUAAAACAGAAGCUUGGUUUAAAUUGA